UGUUAAAGUUAAAAUCGAAUUUUUUGUUUUCAUAUUUUCUCGGCGAAUAAUCUCGUAAAUUGUUGACAACAACAAAUCCUAUUUGUUCGAUACUUUCCAUUUAUUGCUUUCGUUUACUACAAUUUGUUUGUGAUGGAUCAGCGACAGAAGAGUCGCGGUCUGGGUGAUAGUAUAAAUAAGUGUUACUCGAUUUACUACGAAAAUGAGCAAAAUGGUCAAGCAACAGCUGAUCAGAAAUUAGAUAAACAUCCGCGGAAACGGGAACCGCAUAAGAGUUGGGUUGGUAGCGUUGAUGCUGAGGAAAAUUUAAAAAUGUGCCAAAGUGAAUAUAAGCCCGAAGACAAUAACAACCAAGAUACGACUAGCGAAAUUGAUAGGAAGAGACGUCUUUCCGGUGACAGUGUUGAUAUACCGAUGAAAGACGAAGUGUUUUAUAAAAAAUUGAAGUACGAUGCCACUAAGGAUUUAAUGUAUCAGGCAUACCAGCCGUGGGUCAUUAAGACUUAUGGAGAUAUGGCCAAGACUAAGACCAUUACAAUUAAAAAACACGAACGAAUAGUGAAGGCUCUCAGCGGACUGGAACAGAAUAAGCCGGAUAGUUCAAAAUUUCGAUUUUGGGUGAAGGCUAAAGGCUUCACCACGGAACGACCGCACAAUUUCAAAGAAGUACCGCCAUUUCAUCAGUCCAAUGAACCGAAUAACGGAAUCCAUUUGUACAUACCAAAUUUGACGAAGGAACCGGGCAUUCAACCAUACAGAAAAGUGGCUGUUGUUGAACAGUUUUUCGAUAUUAUUUACAAUGUGCAUGUUGGAUUGGGCGGCAGAUCUAGUCGACACGCUGGCCAAAAACGAACAUACCGCACAAUAACUGAGUCGUAUGCUUUCCUUCCUCGAGAUGCCGUCACAAAGUUUCUGGCCGGAUGUCAGUUUUGUAAGAAAAAUUCGAAGCCUCAUUCGCCCAGCAGCCUAAUAGCUGAUGAUGUGUUCACCGAAAGUUCAUCCGAAACCGAUGCAUUGAAUGCGGGUUCGGGCAUUUUCAGUGAAAAUUCGGAUAGCCAACUGACCAUUGACUCUUCUACAACGGAUGCGAAAAUUACGGAUAAUAGCAAAGCGAUGGAUCCGUUUGUCAUUAAAAAGGAAGAUGAAAUGAAUAAUCUAUCGGUCGUUGACUGGGAAGAGGCUAUUACGUUGGAAAAGAAUCGAGUAUCGGCGAUCAGUGAGAGGAACAGUAAUUCGAUGCAAAUGAUAGAGCAGAUGAAUGGAGCCCAGCAAAAGACAUAUUUCGAUGAAAUCUAUACAAAAAUUCAACAGUACUAUGGCUAUCAGAUCAACAACAAUGCGGACAUGAAGGACCUAGCAGCCAGCAAUGAUCUUUUAAACUAUUACACGAUCCUGAAAACCUUCUACGAUCAAUCGGUUGCUGCUCAUAAACUUGAAACAAAGACAGGCGAAAGUAGAGCGCUUCUAAGCGCUCAGCAGACGUCACAAAACAAAUGUAAUCAGUUGAAAGCUAAAGACGAACCAGCCACUACUUCAUUAUCCGAACCGAUCAUCGACUUGACAAUAUCACGGCCAGAGGAAUUCAAAAACAACAUCAACAUUAACAUAGAGAACGGUUCCACGACGAGCACAAAUUCCACCGUUGCAUGCACGAACAGCAACGAACCAUCCGAAAAUAAUAUCACAAUCAACUCAGCCGGUGUGUCGAUAAAUGUUUUGAAUAAUUCAAAGGAACUGAAAAUCUCUUGUAAAACUACGCCACCGAAAAAGCGGUACAGCGUGUACAAUCAUACCGAAGACAAUACGAGCAGUAAAGUUAAUUUGAAUGAGCGAUUCAAUCAGGACAGCGUUACCCACAAAACUACUGAAAAUAUGGUUGCCGAAUACACGAUCGGCAAAGAGCUUCAGACAACCAGCCGAGCUGACAAUACGUUUUUCUCGAGAAAAUAUUCCACGCCAACCAACGAUGUCAAGCCAAUCACGUCAACCUAUUUGCAACUGAUGAGGAGCAUGGGAUUCUGUGAUGAAGAUGCCUUGAAAUUCGACCAUUUGGAACCUAUACCUACUGCUACUGGAGAAACAUCCGAACCGCAACAUAUCGAAGAUGCGUAUUCAGGACUUAUGAAGGAUGCAGACAAAUUGAAACUGAUGCUCUUAGCCUGGAAUUAUCAGAAUUCGAAUGCAGCAGUUCGAAAUGGCACGGAAGGGCCAGAUUUGGGAAUGGUUGGCGGUCUGUGGGCUCAGUACCAAAAUGCAUUAGCAUUGAAUAAUCCAGUCAAAUUGCCACCGUCGUCUCCUCCGCGCGUCGAUCAGUCGAUGAAUUCACCGUCAAUCGAGAAUCCAGACGAAACGAGCUCAUCGGGACAAAAAGAUGACGAUGGGUCCGAGGACGACGAUUCAGACGACCGGUUGGAUCAAAAUACACACGAUCCGGAACGAUUGAAAGCCUUCAAUAUGUUUGUGCGGCUAUUCGUUGACGAAAAUCUGGAUCGCAUGAUACCAAUAUCUAAACAACCCAAAGAGAAAAUCCAAGCCAUCAUCGAUUCGUGCACUCGCCAAUUUCCGGAAUUCUCGGAACGAGCACGAAAACGCAUCCGUACCUACUUGAAAUCGUGUCGUCGAAAUAAGAAAACUCGUGAAGGCUGGGAAACAACAUCCAGACCAACACCCGCCCAUUUGACAUCGGUUCAAGCCGAACAACUUCUGGCCAUUGCAUGCGAGAAUGAAAGUAUGAAUGCGAAAAGGAUGCGAAUCGGAUUAGAUCCAAUCAGUCAAUCGGCACCACAAGUUGUGACCACACAACAAUCAUCUGAGAAUACAGGAAAUUCCAUUACGUACCCACUAGGAUUCAAAACAAGUUUGGAUUCGGAAUCAAUACCACAGACGAAUUCGAUAACGGCGCUACCGAAGACCACCAACAUUACGUCUUUGAGUGAUACGAAGCCUCUUCUCGGAUUGGGAUCCUCGAUAACAAACGGUAAUGUCGGGCUGAACAACACCUCACUCUAUCGCACGGACAUUGCAUCGACAGCCGCAUAUACCACUCGAGCAGAGCUUUACCAGAGUUACUUAAACAACACCGCAUUGACGACUAACGCACCGACGGACCUGUCGAUGAAGCAACAACAGCAACAGCAACAACAACAUCAAACAUUACAAACACUGCAACCACAACAGCCACAGCAGCAACAGAUGCAACAGCAGCCAACCAACCGACCACCGAUUUUGUCUCAUAAGUUGAAUUCAUCCGAAAUAACAGCGGUGCGUCAACUUGUCACCGGUUACAGAGAAAGUGCAGCAUUUCUGUUAAGAUCUGCAGACGAACUGGAGCAAUUGCUGCUCAAUCAGCAAUAAGAGCUUCGAUGAAUUGUAGGUUAGUGUAGGGUGAUGGGAAUGUGAAAAUGGUGUCACCACAAAACUAAUGUGCGGCUUAGAGAGAAUCGACAAAAGUUUCGUCGGAACAAAUGAACUGAUGUGAGUGCAACUAGCAGCAUUAUCGUUUAAAGAAAAUUGUCGGCUAAUUUUGGCGGUAACAAAUGCAAAUUGAAUUAGAAUCUCCCGCAUUGAUGGAACAAUCUUAGGACAAUAAAUUGGAGACAAUUCGUGUUAAAAAAAUGAGUUUUUCAUUUGGCAAUUCCGCCGAUGCAGUGUUCUUUCCAUCAUUAAUUUUAUUCGAUUUCAAUUUUGUGGUGUAGCCUGAGGACAAACUAACAAAACAAAAAACAUAAAAGAAAACACACAGGGUGAUACUUCAAACUAUAAAUUUAACUUUGUACAAAGAAUUUAUUCGUAAUUUUAGCUUAAACUGUAAGAAAAUACUGUUUUGUCAUCAUCCACCUUAUAGAUAUUGUUGAUCGGACAUUUCAAAUUAUUGAAACGCUUCUUCAUGGUUGAACUGUACUGGUUUUGACACCUUUUCUUUAUCAUAUCGCGAAUAAAAGCGAUGAAAGGCAAACAAUUUUCGUAUUGCAGGGCAUCUGUUAACGAUGACAAAAGUGAAUUAAAAAUAAUUCUCUCUUUUAUAACAAGUCGUUUGUUAAAACAUGUGAAGUACAAGAUUUCAUGUCAAACACUAAGCGAUACUUCAGAAAAGUGAAGUCACAGAUUUGAUGAUGAAAUCUAGAUAUCUUUGUGAAAGGUCGAACUCAGCGCAUUACAUCGUGCAGACUAAAUGUGUCGAGAGUUGUGUGCUUGAACGAUGAAGGGUAUCGCUUUCGAUCCGUAUUUCCAUAAAUAUUGACGCAGUGUGAUUGUGUGUUUUGAGAGCUGAUUAACAGACUUGCGGCCAAUUGUAAAUUUUGUCUUUACCACAGGCUUAAAGUCGAAAUAAAAUCCUUUGAUUCAUUAGUUGCUUGCAAACUGCUUCAGAAGACAUCGUUAGCCACAGUUUGUAAGCUUAUAAGUAUCAGACACUUUAUGGUGGUGGGGAGUCUGUGCACCGUUUCGAUACCGUAUAGAUAGCACCCGUUUCCAUAGCAACCGUUUCCAUAGCAACCGUUUCCAUAGCAACCGUUUCUAUAGCAACCGUUUCCAUAGCAACCGUUUCCAUAGCAACCGUUUCCAUAGCAACCGUUUCCAUAGCAACCGUUUCCAUAGCAACCGUUUCCAUAGAAACCGUUUCCAUAGCAACCAUAGCAAAAGUUAAGGACACUCAAAAUAAAUCUUUUCAAGUUAAAAAUUAUUCUCAACAGUUAUGAGUCUUCGAAAAGUGGAAUCACUCAAGAGCUGAGGAAAUCACUGAUAGUCCAAGUGAACAUUAUUAGUUAUAAAUGUUCGAGUGAUGAAAAUUUACGUUAUCUCUUCUCGUUAUACCUUUAUAUUUAGUCCUAGAGCACCACUACACACCAGGUUUAUAUUUCUAGUCGACAACAUAUGAUAUUAGCCACUUGUGAAAGGUACAAAAUUCCAUUGCAGCUGGUCAGUUGGGAAUCUAAUCUCUCAUUUAAUACGAUGUGCACCUGGUCAUACAAAAAAGGAUUUUGUUGUCGGGAAACGUUAUGCUUAACGAUAUUGCAAAUAAACUCCCAGAUAAAAUUCACCACCAUACCAGCGGUCCGUUCUUAUUUUGUCGGUUCCAUAAAAUAAUUGAAAUGCCAUUUAAAUAUCUGACAAUAGUAACUGACAUCCACUGCUAUAUCCUAUAAACCAGUUCCAAUUAUUGGGAAUUUUAUUCACUGAAUUUAAUAACGGUUAAUUUCGGCCACUUUCAGUAAAUACAUUUUCCAAUAAUAGACCCUGCUAUAACCGAUCUAAAGUUUGUAAAUAAAAAUUGUAUUUAGAUUCCACUAAGAACUUUUCGCAUUGUAGACACAGAUUUUGUGUGCUUUUGUUAUUUAAUUGAAGUAAAAGAAUUCUAAAAGAAAAAAAGUAUUUUUACAAUUAAAAGAGAGUCGACACAUAGAGAGAAAGCGUUUAUUUCGUAUGUUCGUUACACUUACAAAUGGUUACAAAGAAUUUAUUUAAAAUGAAAAGACAAAAUCGAAUGUUUAGCCAAAAGUGUUUUGUUAAAAUAAGGAAGAAAAAAAAACAACAAAAAAAUUAAGGAGAAAUCCAACCAACCAAAUUCAAAUAAAGACUCAUCGAAGGGCACAAUAUUUUAUGUACCUAAACAAACAAACAAACAAAAAAUGACAAAACAUUUGAGAAUUGAUUGAAAAAGCAAAA